CAGGUGCGAGGUGAGCAGACGGCGGAUGACAGGCUGAACACAGACGACGAGCCGCGACCGUGCGUUAUAUAGAGAGGGCGGACUAAUACACGGGCUGUGGUGAUGAGGCAGUAGAGCGCUGCGGUAUCAGCACACAAGUCCUGCGGGGAUUACUGCGCGGUCCUCGCAUCCUAGCGUACCCGGCUCCACUCAGGGAGAUGUCGGCAGUGAGCGGCGCGGAGCCCAGCCCUGCUGCAGCCGCGGGCAGGGUGUUCUUUCAGACCCCGCUGCCUUCCCCUGGAACCCGGGAGGACUCCCCGCAGGUGUCGGCUCAGCAGCACAAGCAGCAGCAGCAGAGGAGGCAGCAGCAGGGGAAAGUGACUGUGAAAUACGACAGGAAGGAGCUGAGGAAGCGGCUGAUACUGGAGGAGUGGAUUGUGGAGCAGCUCAGCGAGCUCUAUGGCUGUGAGGAAGAAGAAAUGCCAGAAGUAGAAAUAGAUAUAGACGAUCUUCUAGAUGCAGCUAGUGAAGAAGAACGUGUUGUCAAAUUACAGGAAUCAUUAGUAGACUGCUACAAACCAACAGAGGAAUUUAUCAACCAACUGUUGUCUCGAAUACAAGGCAUGCGAAAACUAAGUCCUCCUCAAAAAAAGGAUAUAUAAAUUUGCCAUGACCCCCGUCUGUCUCGAGAUACAGCAAGAGAAUCAAGACCACAAGACUUUUCACUUUCUUUCUGACGAACUCUCUAUAUUGCUGUUUUAAGGAGGUUGGGAUAUACAAAGAUGUAGUUCUUAACUAAAUACUAGUUGUGUUUUUUUUUGUUUUGUUUUUUGUGGUAGUUAAUAAAGUUUUUUUUUAUGACUUUUUUUUUUUUUUUUACUACUUAUAUAAUAGUGAGCAAAACCUCAUGUUUUGGAGAUUUUUAGUUAAAAUUUAAAAGGUUUUUGGAUGUUCAUUUAUGUUAAGUUUGUGACAGGAUUGGGGUUACAAUAUAUCUGCUGCUUUGUCUCUGCUUCAUGAGUACAUUUCCAAUCUUAGACCCAGAUUUACAACCUUAAGCUCUGUUCACUUUGUCGGAUCCCGUUGAUUUUUUUUUUUAUGGGUCCAUUGGGGUUCUGGUGUUUCUUGAAGACAGGAGUAGUGCUGCAGUCUACAUUUUUCUCACCAUAAAACUACCGAAUUGGACCUAUUAGUGCAUAUGGACAUAUUUUAUUAUAAUACUGCAAAAAAAAAAGGCUUCCCUCGUCAAAAACAAUUAGCCAUUUCUGGGAGCCCGCAUUUUUUUUUAUUUUAAUGUACCCUUGUAUUAGCAUAGCACAAAAAUUGCAACCACACUGCAGUACCUUAAACAAAUGCAAGAAAAGAUUUGCUCCUUACCUUACACUGGUCACACAAAUUAGAUGGAAGUUGGUUGAUUGAACAGCAGUUGAACAAUCAUCUGGUGAAUGUUCGUUUCACAGACAUGGCCUUACACAUUUUAGUCCAUAUUGGCUAUUCAAGUUCAUCAAACUGGUCAUACAUGUUCAAUAAAACCGGGCGAUUGAUUAAAGAUCCUUCUGGGAACGUUCUUUCAAAGCAAGAUCUUUGUCUCACGUACGAGCUUUCUUUGAACAAAACUUCUUUCAUCUGACCAACAGAUAAAAAUAUUAAACAUGGCCAACUUAUGUAUAUAUAUUUUUUUCAUUGGUCAGCUAAGGGCUCUUUCACACUUGCGUUUUUUUUCUUCCGGUAUAGAGUUCCGUCGUUGGGGCUCUAUGCCGGAAG